UUCUAGAAAUUUUAUUUGGAUUUUCACUUUGCUUCAGCCUUCAGCCCCAAGCUUGUGGUAACAGUCAUGGCGAUCUCUCUCAGCGCAACGUUCUCUCCUCUAGCUUCUCAAUCAACCAAUAAAUGUUUCACCCGUGUACUUUUCAAUCCUUCACCGAAUCGCCAUCUCAAAUUCCAUGAGAGAAGAAUAACAUUUUCUCUCCGGCGAGUCCGAGUCGUGGCCUCUACCGUCUCUGGAUCUCCAGGAACUGAAUCGCCUGUUCUGGGCGAAGACACUACUAGUUUGCUGGAUACGGUGAAAGUAUUUGAUUUGAACGGCAAUGGAAUUCCGAUCUCUAAUCUGUGGAAGGACCGGAAAGUAGUUGUCGCAUUUGCUCGUCAUUUUGGAUGCGUGUUUUGCCGCAAGCGAGCUGAUUAUCUUGCCUCCAGGAAGGAUGUGAUGGAUGCAUCAGGGGUGACUCUUGUUUUGAUUGGACCUGGUAGCAUUGAGCAGGCAAAGACCUUUGCUGAGCAGACAAAGUUCAAAGGAGAAGUCUAUGCAGAUCCUAGCCACUCAUCAUAUGAGGCAUUAAAAUUUGUUUCCGGGGCUUCAACCACAUUUACACCCAAAGCAGGUCUCAAAAUAAUACAACUGUACAUGGAAGGAUACCGACAGGACUGGAAGCUUUCGUUUGAAAGGGACACUGUCACCAGAGGUGGCUGGCAGCAGGGUGGAAUUCUAGUGGCAGGGCCUGGUAAGAACAACAUAUCAUAUAUUCACAAGGACAAAGAAGCAGGAGAUGACCCAGAUAUCGAAGGUAUCUUAAAAGCAUGUUGCUGGUCAUGAAGUAAAAAAUUUGGGUCCUACUUCUGCUAGCUAACUUCAAGUAUUCUCAGCAGUAUAAUGCAGAAGCUAUAAAUUCAGGAUUUUGUCAUGAUGACCCACAACUGGGUUACAGCACGUGAAAGUAGCUGCAGAAUAGAUAGCGGGAAAUAUAUCAUCAUAUCAUACAUUCUCCUUUUCAUUAUAGACAGUUAAAUUGUGGUCUUAAGUAUUGAUUACGGCAUAUAGGUGGCUGAUAAAUGCAAAUAUAUAAUUGUUGCCGAAAAAUGAGAUUUUCAUCUCAUGCAGCUCCUCCGUCCUGUGCAUAGCGAGAA